AUGUUAAUUCGAUGGAUCUUCUCGUCACUUCUGCUAGGCGUUAUUGGGCUGCUGAACUAUGCUUCAGCCAACCAGGAAAGGCAUAGUCUACGCUCUACUAUGUGUGAAGAUUGCCAGAAAGAACAUGCCAAUGAUUAUCCCGCGGAUGAUGAGCCCCUGGUGAUCAUCAAAGAUAGCGAGGUGCCACUCAGUGAACAUGGCACCGAAAACUAUGCAAGGUUAACAACACCAGAGGGUCUGCUCGUACUCGGGUCCACUAUCCCGGGGGCCGGGCUCGGCGUAUUCUCAAAGGAAUUCAUCGCUGACGGUGUCAUGUUUGGCCCAUAUCGGGGUGAGAUCGAGUGGGACAGGGACGGUAAUCCGCAUAGACAAGUUGGAUAUGCUUGGACGAUUUUUAAUGAGAACAAGACUGUCCAUUAUGUUGAGUCUAGAAAUCCAGCCAAGUCGAAUUACCUGCGGUACGUUAAUUGUGCCAGAAGUUAUGAGGAACAAAAUAUGGAUGGGCAUCAAAUGGAUGGGGACAUUUACUACGUAACCAUCAGAGCUGUGUAUCCAGGGGAAGAGCUACUUGUAUAUUAUGGAGACCAGUAUGCACGCGUUUUGGGUAUAGAAAUGGAGAAAAAAAGAUUACCAGAGAAUCCCUUGAUUUUGUUCGAUAAUGAGUACACUGUUACAGUAGAAACUGGUAAUGAAUAUGGAGAUGGGACGGAUGCAACGGUGUACGUCACAGCCGAGGGGGAAUAUGGCUUCAUCAGUUACACCCUCAUGGACGAAGACGGGACGAAAUUUGAAAGGGGAAACAUUGACCAAUUUGAAUUCAGUAUGCAAACAAAUGUUGGUAAAAUACAUAGUAUAAGAGUUGGUCAUGACAACAAUGGUGGCAGAGGAUGGUAUCUCGUCAAGCUAACCAUGACCGGGAACAUCACCAAACAAAUGCUGGUGUUCCACUGUGACUGCUGGCUGGAUGAUGUCAGCGGGGCUGAGGUUUUAAAGGCGGAAAGUGUCCUCGACUACAUUUUAAAACUUGGGCUCCAGACUGAUGACGAUCAGCGGUGACCUGCUAAUUUGAACAAAGUCACUUACUUAUACACGUACUUACUUAAGCCUCUUCGGAGCCAUAUUGGCGCAUAAGGCAUCCACUUGAGCUCGCCAUCUCCCUCUAAGCGAUGUC